GCUCCCUCUCUCCCAGAAACUGGCUAUGCCUGGAAGAAGGAGCUCCCCUCCCCCCUGGGGACACCGUCUGGGGAGCCGUCCUUCGGCCCCUGCCUGCCGGGUCUGGGGGUCCCGGUCCGGCCCAGCCCGGGAGCCGACUCGGCCGUCGCCUCUACUGUGCCGUGAUAUGGCCCUGCAGAACGCCCUGUACACGGGAGACCUGGCGAGGUUGCAGGAGCUGUUUCCCCCGCACAGCACAGCCGACCUGGUCCUGGAGCACCGCGCCGCCGAGCCUCGUUGGAGCAGUCACCAGAGGGGACUCUGGUCUCUGACGUACGAAGAGGAGCUGACCACCCCGCUGCACGUGGCGGCUAGCCGGGGCCACACGGACGUUCUGCGGCUGCUGCUGAGGCGGCGGGCAAGGCCCGACAGUGCGCCCGGGGGCCGCACCGCCCUGCACGAGGCCUGUGCCGCGGGCCACGCUGCCUGUGUCCACGUACUGCUGGUGGCAGGAGCCGACCCCAACAUCCCUGACCAGGACGGCAAACUCCCCCUGCACCUCUGCCGGGGGGCUGGCACCCUCGAGUGCGCAGAACUGCUCCUGAGGUUUGGGGCGAAAGUGGAUGGCCGGUCUGAGGAGGAGGAGGAGACCCCUUUGCAUGUGGCCGCCCGGCUGGGCCACGUGGAACUGGCGGAACUCCUUCUGAGACGGGGGGCAUGCCCGAAUGCCCGGAAUGUCGAAGGCUGGACCCCACUGCUGGCUGCCUGUGACAUCCGCUGCGCAUCCUCCGCCGAGGCCGAGGCCACCACCGCCCGCUGCCUCCAGCUGUGCCACCUGCUGCUCUCGGCUGGAGCCGAGGCCGAUGCUGCCGACCAGGACAAGCGCCGGCCCCUGCACCUGGCCUGUCGCCGUGGUCACGCGGCCGUCGUGGAGCUGCUCCUGUCCUGCGGUGUCAGUGCCAAUGCCAUGGACUAUGGGGGACACACGCCCCUGCACUGCGCUCUACAGGGCCCAGCUGCGGCCUUGGCCCAGAGCCCAGAGCACGCAGUGCGAGCUCUGCUUAACCAUGGUGCCGUCCGCGUCUGGCCUGGGGCCCUCCCCAAGGUGCUGGAACGCUGGUGCACGUCUCCGAGGACCAUCGAGGUCCUGAUGAACACCUACAGCAUCACGCAGCUUCCCGAGGAGGCCAUGGCCCUGGUGCCUCCUGAAACUCUGCAGAAGCACCACCGUUUCUACUCGUCCCUUUUCGCCUUGGUGAGACAGCCCAGAUCCCUGCAGCACCUGAGCCGCUGUGCCCUCCGUGCCCACCUGGCAGCCUGCCUGCCCCACGCCCUCCCCCGCCUUCCCCUGCCACCCCGCCUGCUCCGCUACGUGCAGCUGGAUUUUGAGGACGUACUCUACUAGGUGUCCACUGCCUUUUGAGAGACCUGGAAGCCGGUGCCCCAGGCCCCAGGGGGCUCAGGUCUGCCUCUCACAGCACCCCAAGCCUGGGACGGAGUUGAGCUGGUUCAGACCGAGGUGGCCCUGUGGAUGCUGUCAUUCCCACCAGGGAGAGAGGCAGACAGACCAUGCGGCCAGGGGAUGUCUGAUGGAGAGAGAGCUGGGACUCACGGCAAGUGAUACACUCCUCUUGGUGGUCUCCCGAGGCAUCCCUCCAGCCCGGCCAGACCCUGUAUGAGCAUUAAAAAUCUGCAGGCCUGUGC